AUGAUGUCGGAUAAUCAUGGAGGCGCGAGGAAACUAUCCUCCGCUGUUACUCCGACUGAACCUUCUCGAGCAACACAUACCGCUGCCGUGAUGGAGGAAAGCAAAGGGACAGCGAGUGCCCGGCGCACUCCGCCGCCAGAGAAACCGGAGUCAAUCCGCGCCAGAUCAUUGGUGAUAGCAGCGUUUUGGGCAGUGAUAAUAUUUUUGGGACUUCCGAUGUGGUGGACAACUACCUCCAUAUAUAGAGCCCGGCUUCCGCUGGAUGAAAUGACCGACUGGGCUGCUGGGAAGUCAUGCCGACCAGUGUUUCCACUUCAAAUAGAGGUUCGAGCGCCUUCAAUCCAGAUCCAGGAUGCGAGAAACCUAGUUCAGUCCACACAGCAUGCACUUGACGACCUCAACGAUUUCUCCGCACAUCAUCUUCGGCUUCAGCUUGUGGAAGGGCAGCAAACCUCCAGAAAUCAAUCUCCCGAUAUCGCGGAUUACUACAUGACCGUUAAAAUCUUUCCGAAUGCUGCUCUGACCGUGCGACUUCUUCCGCAAGAUAAUGCCACUGUAGCGACCUCUCGUUUGCAUCAGUACUCCGAGCACCUGGACAUAUUUUAUCCGCCCAGCCAGUUGACAUCGCAUUCCUCUCUCGCAGCAUUUAUCGCUGGUGAAUUACAAAAUCUGUUUAGCGAAGAGAAAGCCACGCUGCAAUACAUACUCUCCAAAAGCAAUAUGCUAGGUCCCACGCUCCAGCCCUCCAUUACUGGCAGGCUAUCUACACAGGGAUUGCAGCCUUCGCACGGCAGUAGUAAAGAGCAAAGGAACCCUGUUAUUAACCCGGUUGCUCCUGAAUUGAUGGAGUCGAUUGCUCGCCGGAUCGGUCGAUCUUUCAAAUACGCGGAUACAUACCAUCUGAGCUUUUCGCUUUUCACUCCCGGUGCGGAGCCUUCUUCAUGGGAUAUUGAACCAGCGUUACAAGAAUACUUAAUGCCACUACUCAAGACGUUCGCCCCUAUAAGCAACUUCUCAAUUGAUACCCAGGUGCAACCGUAUGCCACGUUUUCGCCCACAUUUACACCCCCCGAAUACGACGAAAUACGUGGAGCAUGGACUCUUAAAAAGGAAGAUUUAAGUGCCUUUAUAAAUGCCGCAGAAUGGCCCCUCAGCCCUAGCAUUGGCGGCGGUCCCACGAUCAAUUUCAUCGUCUAUGUUCCCUCACCUACCCAAUCGCCGCUUCUGAUCAAAGACAGCCUUGCAACGAGCUGGUUGAUCCCCCAAUGGGGUGGAGUCGUCAUUCUCAACCCGCCUGUGUCCAACGCCGACGAAUUACCGACAAACCCAGCCCAUCUUACCAGACAAACCCUCCACUCCGCCAUAUCCACAUUCUCUCAUCAACUUCUCUCUCUCCUAGGCGUUCCUUCUUCCCCGUCCCCUCUCCCCCUACGCCUCCAACACCUAACCCGAAUGCACACGGCAUCACUACUCCUCUCAGCAUCAUCGACGAUGGGCUCUCUUGCCCGACUCACACGCUCACUCCCUUCAAUUCCCAUCCCCGCAACCGUUGCAACAUCAGUCUCGCGCACCCUCUCACACCUCUCAGCCGCCUGUGACUUCCUGCGAGAUGGACAAUUCGUCCAGGCUCUCGCUUCAGCCCGUGUUGCCGAGAGCGAAGCGGAAAAGAGCUUUUUCGAGAAGAGCAUGGUUGGACAGGUGUAUUUCCCAGAUGAACAUAAAGUCGCGGUUUAUUUGCCCCUCCUGGGACCAAUCGGUGUUCCACUUGUAUUGGCGCUGGUUAAAGAGAUGAAAAGGCUAGUAGUAGCGUGGAAAGCUAGAAACCGGUAGAAAGGGAUCCACAGUAUUUUAUGUGCAUUUUGUGGGUUUAAGGUGGAUAUAUCUAUCUCGACGUUGACUUUUUUUUUUUUCCCCCGUCCCUAAUUGUUGCCAAUACUGGCAUCUCGGAGUUUCUUCUAUCUUACAGAGGUCCAGCAGCGGAUAACCUAUAAUAGGAAUGCCUUCUCGACUGACCAUAUGGAUUUCGCAUGAAGGUUAGCUCUAGUAACCGGGUAGUUGUGCUUUACUCGCUCGGAGCGGCUGAGGGAUUGAUUUGACAACUUUUAUAUC